AUGGCCGCCGCCGAAGCCCGCCUCUUCACCUUCCCCCGCAACGCCGACGUCAUCCAGUCGCAAUCCAUGCCGCAAGUCACCCCCGGCUGGGUCAACAUCACCUCGCGCCACUGGGACCUGCCCUCGUCGCCGUCGGUCCCGCACUUCGACCAGAAGGCCCCGGAAUUCCCCGCCGGCGUCGACGCCGCGAACUCGCCGCAGGCACGGGAGUACUAUGCCUACGCCGAGAAGCUGGCGCCGUUUUGGCCGAGCGCGAUCGCGAUGUUUUUGGCCGUGGAGCUGAAGAAGAGCGUGGGUGAUGAGAAGAGGUUUGCGAAGUACAAGGCGAUGAUUGAGGAGGGCCUCAAGGCGGGGGAUUUUGCUGUUUGA